AUAUAAACCGGAGACCCACGACGUCAACAGCGGGAAACCGGGAAAAGCAUCCGAAGAAAAGGACGAAAAAGUUUCAUAUUCCAUUUUGUUUCUCCAUACUCUCUCUCUCUGGGUCGGCGGAGACGUCCAUCAAGUCCUUCUCUUCGAAGAGUACUUCUUAAGCCUUAAUUUUAUCUGAAAUUCCAGUUAUAUUUGUUGGAAUUUCGGCCGAAUCUUUGCAGGUGUUGUUGCUGUAAGCCUGUAACAUAUGGUACAAAUUUGCGGAGAUCUCUGUCCAUCUACCCUUUCAACUGGAACCCUCUUGGGGUUUCUUUCCACUUGCAGAUUUUCAUGGAAAUUUUUACUUUAGCAGGUUAGUUUCUUUCUCCUUUUGAGCUGGAGCCGGGAAAAACUCUCUUCUAUCCCUAAAUUUCUGAUCUCGUAUUCACCCCAGCUUUACUCGUCUCCUUGUGAUUGAUGAUGACAGAACUAGUAYAGACUACUGGAGAGUAGUUGUAAUCCGAGUCUGUUAUCUCUGAUACCCCCGGAUUGAUCAUUCUAAUUCAUUUCCCGUGAAUUUACAGCUUUCUUCUUAUCUGUACAUCGUUUUCCUUCUUCUUUCUUCCAUCUGAGCUUCAGCUAGAAGAAUUUGAAAGCCGAAAUUUCUGGGUUUCUAUUUCUGUUCAUGAUCACUCUAGUGUUUCUCCGARAAUUUGUUGAUCUAUCUCUGCAGUAUUUCUGAAUUUUACGUUCAUAUCCCAUGGUGAUAUCAAUAUUUCCUCUUAUCCUGUUUCACCCAAAUCAUGCCAUUUCAUCCUGAUUGCCACUUCUACGUGCAAAUUUCUCCAAGAAAGAAAUUGAAUGUUGGUUCUUCCAUAGCUUCUUUUUUCUGGUAGAGAGAUAACGACAGAUAUGAUUCUUAAUGUUUCACUUGUUCCGGUCUCAGAAAUACUUGCUCAGACGGUAGACACCAUAGCAGAGACCGCUGAGGCUGCAAAGGAUGUGCUUGUCGAGAAGGAGAAUUUUGCCGAACUCUCGUCUUACUUGGAAAAGAUUAUUCCUGUUCUAAAAGAGUUGACCAAGAAAAACAUCAAUAACCCUGAGAUCCUGAAUAAUGCUGUGGAAACUCUGAAUCGGGAAAUUAAAGCUGCCAAGCAGCUAGUUCUUGAGUGCAAAAAGAGGAACAAGGUCUACCUCUUAGUCAACUGCCGGAGUAUAGUUAAGCGCUUAGAAAAAACUACAAGAGAGAUCAGUCGGGCAUUGGGCCUCAUCCCUUUGGCCUCACUAGAUCUCUCAUCCAGGGUAAAUGAAGAGAUCAAGAAGCUAUGUGACAAGAUGCUUACAGCAGAAUUUAGGGCAGCUGUGUCCGAGGAGGAAAUUAUGGAGAAAAUUGAAUCAGGAAUACAAGAAAGGAAUGUAGAUCGCUCUUAUGCAAAUAACUUGAUGAUUCUCAUUGCAAAAGCUCUUGGGAUCUCAACUGAAACGUCAGCAUUGAAGAAGGAAUUUGAAGAAUUCAAAACAGAAAUAGAAGACACACAGGUAAGAAAGGACCAGGCUGAAGCCAUACAAAUGGAUCAAAUUAUUGCUUUACUUGGAAGGGCUGAUGCCACUUCGUCCCCUGGGGAGAAAGAGAGAAAGUACUUCACCAAGAGAAAUUCUUUAGGCAAUCAACCAUUGGAACCUCUCCAGUCAUUUUAUUGCCCAAUCACUCAUGACGUAAUGGUAGACCCCGUAGAGACCUCCUCUGGACAGACGUUUGAGAGAAGUGCAAUAGAGAAAUGGUUUGCAGAUGGGAACACCCUCUGCCCCUUGAGUAGGAUCCCAUUAGACACAUUAAUUUUACGGCCUAAUAAAACUCUACGGCAGUCAAUUGAAGAAUGGAAGGAUCGGAAUACCAUGAUCACAAUUGCUUCCAUGAAACCCAAACUCCAAUCAGUUGAUGAGCAAGAAGUGCUUCAUUCCUUAGAUCAGCUGCAUGAUCUCUGCAAGGAAAGAGAUUUGCAUCGAGAGUGGGUAACAUUAGAGAACUACAUUCCGAUACUCAUUGAACUUCUGCCUGCAAAAAAUCGUGAGAUAAGGGUUCGUGUUCUAGUCAUCCUUUGCAUCUUAGCAAAGGAUAGUGAUGAUACUAAGGAAAAAAUUGCUAAAGUUGAAAAUGCAAUUGAAGCUAUUGUUCGAUCCCUUGCACGCCAUAUUGAUGAAAGUAAGCUAGCAGUUGCAUUGCUGUUGGAACUAUCAAAAAGUGACAUUGUAUGCCACUGUAUUGGGAAGGUCAAGGGCUGCAUACUCCUUCUAGUCACUAUGUUGAGCAGUGAUGACACUCAAGCUGCCAAAUAUGCAAAGGAACUUCUGGAGGAUCUCUCAUUCCUUGACCAAAAUGUCAUACAAAUGGCCAAGGCAAAUCAUUUCAAACCUUUAUUGCAGCGCCUUUCUUCAGGACCAGAAAAUGUCAAGACAAUCAUGGCAACCACUUUGGCAGAAAUGGAGUUGAGUGACCACAAUAAGUUGACUCUGUUUGAGGAUGGGGUACUGAAACCACUUCUUCACUUGGUGUCAUCUGGUGAUGCUGAGAUGAAGAAAGUAGCUGUUAAGGCUCUUAAAAACCUCUCAACCUUGCCAAGGAAUGGCUUCCAGAUGAUUCAAGAGGGUGCAGUGUGCCUGCUACUUGACCUGCUUUACUCUCAUGGAACACCCCCAAGUUUACGAGAACAARCAGCAUCUACCAUUAUGAAUAUUGCAGUAUCAACUACGACACAAGAAGCCAGACAAACAGAAGUGCCACUUCUGGAAUCUGACGAGGACAUAUUCAGGCUCUUGUCCUUGAUCACCAUGACAGCACCCAAUAUACAACAAAGUUUACUUAGGACCUUUAAGGCCAUGUGCCAAGGCCCUUCUGCAAAGGACAUAAGGUCUAAAUUAAGACAGUGCUCAGCCAUUCCGGUAUUGGUUCAAUUAUGUGAGGUUGAUAACAUUGGUAUAGGAGCAGAUGCUUUAAAGCUAUUCUGCUGUUUGACAGAAGAUGGAGAUGAUGGCUCAUUGUCAGAGCAUGUUGAUCAGAGGUGCAUUGGGACUUUAAUCAGGAGAAUGAAAGAUUCGCAUGACAAGGAAGAAAUUACAGCCGCUAUGGGAAUCAUCUCUAAUCUCCCCAUGGGACCUACCCAAAUCACUCGGUGGCUUCUGGACGCUGAUGCACUUGUAGUCAUUUCCAAGUUUCUCAAUGAUGGAAAUUCUAAUAGCACCCAUAGGAACAAUCUAAUAGAGAAUGCGGUUGGGGCUAUGCGCCAUUUCACCAUUUCAACAAAUAUGGAAUGGCAGAAGAGAGCAGCUGAAGCUGGAAUUAUCCCAGUGCUGGUACGGUUACUAGGCUCUGGAACUGCUUUGACAAAACAACAUGCGGCCUUUUCACUUGCUCAGUUUUCAGAGAGUUCAGUCAGGUUGAGUAGACCAAUACAUAGACGUGGGGGGUUCCGGUGCUUCUCGCCACCCCCUGAAGCUGGAUGCCCAGUGCACAUGGGCAUAUGUACAGUGGAGUCAUCGUUUUGCCUUGUGGAGGCUGAAGCUGUACAGCCCCUUGUGACUGUACUUGGAGAAUCAAAUUUUGGAGCCUCUAACGCUGCUUUGAAUGCACUGUUGACAUUGAUUGAUGGUGAAAGGCUGCAGAGUGGUAGUAAGGUGCUUGAUGAAGCAAAUGCCAUUAUACCAAUCAUAAAUUUAUUAAGCUCUCCGUAUACUGAAUUGCAGGAGAAGUCUCUUUGUGCUUUGGAAAGGAUUUUCCGGUUAAUGGAGUUCAAGCAAAAGUACGGAGCACUAGCGCAUAUGCAUUUGGUUGACUUAACUCAGAGGGGAAACAGUACAAUGAAACCUUUGGCGGCAAGGAUUCUUGCUCAUUUGAAUGUGCUUCAUGAGGCAUCUUCUUAUUUUUAGAGGAGCAUUGUUCAGUUUA